AUGCGAGAGAAGGUGCUUCUGGAAACCAAGUCCUUAGAAUCGGUUUACAAGACCAUUGGCGACCACAACAACUAUCUUUGCUCGCAACUUGAACAGUAUAAGGCUUAUCUCCAGAACGUCCGGAUCACGAGCACGGCCAACCAGAAGAGAAAAACCGUUGGCGGCGGCGUCGGCGUCGUCAGCGUUGACGGCAAGGAGAAGAAAAUCCCAAAGGCUCAGGCCCUGGGGCCCUACAAAUUCAGCCAUGCCCAGUUCGAGAAGGAAGGUGUGAUCGUCAACACUAACGUCCCUGAAAACCGACGGGCCAAUAUCUUCUUCCAGAUCGUCUCGCCCUCGCCUGGCACAUUCAUCAUUGCAUUGCACUAUAAAGGCCGAGAGAAGGCGAUCUUGGAGAUGGACCUGAAGAUCAACGACCUCUUCCGAUAUUCGAUCCUCUAUGCUUUCCUGGACAACUCGGCCCGGCUCAACGCUCUCAUCAUCUUCUCUGGCCGCCUUCCGAUCAUCCGGCUUUCACCCAGCCAUCCGCCUACGCCAGCCCUCGCUGGCUCACUUGCCACGCGCCCCCCCCUGAUGACUGCUCGACCUCGCCUGCUCCUCAUCUCCGCCAUCGACACCCUCCUCUGA